AAGGGACUUUUUGAUCUGUGUGGGAAGAUGAAAAAAAGGUUACGGCGGCCUUCUGACUUGGACGUACCGAGGUGAAAAAAUUCGAGCUCGUACAGACACGCGAGUAGAGUAUUCCGUGCAUGUCGAAGACUUCAAGGUCAGAGAUUCAAAUGCCUCGUCUGCCGUUCGUGCGUGUAGUCCUCGCUGCGCCCUGUGGUCUCUUGCUCACGCAACUCAGUAAGCUUCUGGCCGAGGCUCGAGUGGUGGACACGUGCAGGGAAGCCAUCAAUGACUUCUACUUCGGUCUCUACGAGGAUGAAAUCGACGGGCAGCCCGUGCUGUCCAAGGCCGAUCCCGAAAACAACUCUACCGUGCAGCUCGAAUGUAUGGGAGUGUCAGAAUCGAAAUUGACAAAAUCGAAAUAAUUUGCCAUGCAUAAAAUAGAUUCCAGCUCGAACCCAGUUUCUAAGUGGCGCAUGACAAAUUCUGGUGGUACCUGAAUACAGUUUGCAAUGCUGUUUAGGCAAAGAAGACUGAUUCUCUCAUGCUGCUUUAGCAGCUCGAGCUAUAACCCCAAAGAGGCUUACAAUCGGCCUCACUUGCCUGCUCUGCAUCACACGUAUUUCGCGUCAUGCAUUUUAUGCAUGACAAACAAGGUCCGAGCACGGGGACAGAGUCCCCGCGCGGCGACCUUCCGGCAUUUGUCUGGGACGAGUUCAUCGGGGGUUGUGGUGGCUGGCACAGGGCGGGCAGGCCCCUGCAGCUCGGUGCCUCUGUGUGUCCUGCGCUCCCUGAUCCGCGACAGACCUACGGACGGAGCUCCUCUGCUUGCCCACACUAGAUCCGCUGGCCCACCGCGAACAGUGAAACAAAAAGAAAAGAAAGGAAGAAGCUGGCGCCGGGCCGGGUCGGUGCCGAUAGCACCGGCGCCACGUCUGUAGCUGGCCCCUAGGUCAUGACGCGGGGACCGAGUCCCCGCGCUGACCUAGGGCUUCUGCCCCUGGGCCGUGCGGUUAGUUUCCGGGAAGCGCCAAAAGCUGGCCCCUAGAUCAUCACGCGGGGACCGAGUCCCCGCGCUGACCUAGGGCUUUUGCCCCUGGGCCGUGUGGUUAGUUUCCGGGAAGCGCCCACAGCAGCUGGCCCCUAGGUCAUGACGCGGGGACCGAGUCCCCGCGCUGUCCUAGGCGGGCUUUUGCCCCUGGGCCAUGCGAUUAGUUUCCGGGAAACGCCCAAAGCUGGCCCCUAGGUCAUGACGCGGGGACCGAGUCCCCGCGCUGACCUAGGGCUUCUGCCCCUGGGCCAUGCGGUUAGUUUCCGGGAAGCGCCAGCAGCUGGCCCUAGGUCACGACGCGGGGACCGAGUCCCCGCGCUGACCUAGGGCUUUUGCCCCUGGGCCGUGUGGUUAGUUUCCGGGAACGAAGCGCCCGCAACAGCUGGCCCCUAGGUCAUGACGUGGGGACCGAGUCCCCGCGCUGGCCUAGGGCUUUUGCCCCUGAGCCGUGCGGUUAGAUAGUUUCCGGGAAACGCCCAAAGCUGGCCCCUAGGUCAUGACGCGGGGACCGAGUCCCCGCGCUGACCUAGGGCUUUCGCCCGUGGGCCGCGCGGUUAGUUUCCGGGAAACGCCCGAAGCUGGCCCCUAGGUCAUGACGCGGCAACCGAGUCCCCGCGUUGACCUAGGGCGUUUGCCCCUGGGCCGUACGAGAAACCCGCUCUGGAUACUUGAGCCCGCUCUGGAUAUUUGUUCGAUUCGGAUCCACGUAUGCUUUCUGCUCUGGAUAUUCAGUUUCUCUGCCCCCUGCUCUAGAUGUGGUAGCCGAGGGCGCGCAGGGGGUUUGUCUGGGGUGUGUCGGGGGUGUCUUCCGGGGGUGUGAGACGGGGUUCUGCCUGGGGUGUGACGGGGGGGUGUGUCGGAGGUGUGUCUGGGGUGUGUCCGGGGUGUGUUCGGGGUGUGUGUUGCAAAUUGCAAAUCACGAUGCUACGCAGCCACUUUGCAUACCCCAGAACACACCCCAAAGCUUCAGCACUUCUUGUCGGGGGGGGGUGUGUCGGGGGUCUGUCUGGGGUGUGUCUGGGGUGUGUCCGGGGUGUGUUCGGGGUGUGUUCGGGGUGUGGCCUGCAAAUUGCAAAUCACGAUGCUACGGACCCACUUUGCAUACCCCAGAACACACCCAAAAGCUUCAAAAGUUCUGGUUUGCUGCAGUUUAAAUAGUAAUUAUUUCGAUUUUGUCAAUUUCGAUCCUGACAGUUCCAUAGAAUGGGCAAAGUAUGCGCAGUGCGUGAAGUACGUCCGGCGGGACGCUUUCACGGCGAAGGAGUACCUGGUAUGGAUUGCAAAUAUGUCUGGGUCUGGAAGAGCCAAACUUGUGAUGCUGCAUUUGGAUGCUAAAAAAAUCUGUAUUGCAUCAGUAGCAAGAGGAGUCAAAUGUGGCUACGCGGAGAGGGCAUUUGUCAUGCAGGAUGCGCAUCGAUAGGCGCGCAAAAAAUCUGUGAUGCUAUGGUAUACAUCACAGACAUCAUCAUGGAUCAUGGAAAAUGUGCAUGGCAAACUUCUCCUCUUCCAGACCCAGACAUUUUUACAUUUGAUACCUGGAGAGUAUAGACAAGCCGGCGUACUCGGUCGCGUUGGGCUAGGGUUGUGUCAGGAUCGCAAGCGUCAGAGUUGAAAUAAUAGUUUGUCAUGCAUAAAAUGCAACGCAGAAAUUGCCUCUAUUGCAGAGGACGCAAGGGAGGCAGAUUGUGGCGCUGGUAAGGGUCGAGAAUCGGGCUGCUGAUUAGCAUCACAGAGAGGAGCCCCAGCCCCUUUGCCCGAAACAGCAUAAUAAACUGGCCUCCGGUACGGACAAAAUUUGUCAUGCACUGACUAGAAACUGUGGGUCCAACUCCAAUGGGUAUCGAUUUUAUGCAUUACAAGUGGUUUUAGUCGGUUUAGCAUUACAAGUUAUUUCAACUUUGUCGAUUUCAACCCUGACACAUCCAUAUGGGCCGACAGUACCCGGUUCUGCUCACCCCCGCAAAGCCCGACCUCAGCCGAUAUUUCCUCAUUCCCGCAUUAGAUUUCGUGGUGGGCGGGUUCGUGAAGCAUUCGGGCGUGUACGAUGCGGCGGAAGAGCACGUGCUGCGGAGAUUGCUAUGAACUGCAAAAAUCCCUGGAUGUCUGGAAGAAUACAAACUUGUGAUGCGCAUUUCAGAACACAGAAAAAUCUCCAAUGCAUAGGCAGCAAAAGUUGCCCACUUUCUGUCACCAAUCUGGGGGAUUUGUCAUGCGGAUUCGGCAUUGCGAAAGCUUCUCGAAACCUGUGAUGCUAGAGCUUCCAUGCCAGGCCUUCUGUGUCAUGCAGAAACAGCAUGACUCUUGUUCCAGAGCCAGACAUUUUUGCAGUUGAUAACUGCUUCGGGAAGACGACUGCGUGAUUGAGAUCGGAUCCAACAUUGGCAGCUACACCGUGGUAAUAGCAGAUGAGGUGGGCAUAAACGGGCUGGUCUACGCCUACGAACCCUUCCGGAAAAUCUUUCACAUCUUGAACGCCAAUGUAGCUUUGCAGGGAUUUGGCAAUGUGGUACAGACUUAGUUUAUUUGCUGAUUUUCUUUCUUUCUCUUUGUCAACGCCUCGUCGUUGGUUCAGAAGCCUUCUAAGCAUCAAGGAGGUGCAUGCUGUGCAAGGCAGUGGGUACUAGAACAAGCAUGGGACGGACGAGUUAUGACGCUGCACAGAAGUAGAAGUAGUAGUGGAGCUAGAGCUCGCUCGUACAAUAAAGUCUGCGUAUGUAGUUGACAGCUUUAUUAUGCUCCACCCUGUUUGACCACUACGCAGGUGACCCGGCAAGUGGGCAUGAGCAACGUGACGCAAUUCGUGCACGUGAAUGCCCCGGACCUGAAUGACUACAUAAAUCUCGGUAUCCUCUGUAAAAACGUCCCCACCUCCCGAGAGUUGUCAUGCAAAUCUGCACACCUACAACGCUUCUCGUGCGCAGUCCCAUGAGAAGCGCUUUCUCAUGCUGUUUUGGGAUUUGUCAUGCUCGAAUCAGGAUGAGGUAGUCGAUUUGUGAUGCGGGGGUUGCGCAACUACCUCAAAUAACAGGACUACACUACGAGCCCGAGUUUUCUCAUGCGCGACAGCCAAAACUUGUGGAUUUGUCUAGCAGGUUCUGCGUCUUGAUUAUGGGGUGGAGAAGUUUUUACAUAGGAUACUCGGCGCGGCUCGGGUGUUCCACCAGCAAAAGGAAGAGGUUAUCCCAGAGUGGAAAGCUAGCAUAUCAGAUUUGUAAUGCAAAAACGCAUAGUACACACGAAGCCGAAAGCGAAAGCUCAUGCUAUGCGCGAGACUGUUGAGAAUUUGGUCUUUGUCGUGCAUUAUUCAACAUCCUAUUGUUCCGUGCAAAUAUCAAUAUGGCAUUCUAGCAUUUUGCUCUGGGAUACAGUUUAUCAAAUGUAAAAAUGUCUGGGUCUGGAAGAAUGAGCGAUUUGGCAUGCAGCUUUUCCAUGACCCAUGAGGUCUGGAAUGCAGGACCUAGCAUGACAGAUUCUGUGCGAUCUCUCUCAUGCCUAUCCUGCAUCAGAAACUCCCUCCCGACUUGGUCAAAACUGGAGAGGGUUGAGAAAAAGGACGCGAUUAAAAAGGACCAGGCGGAGAUAGACAAAAACUAUACAGAAGCAGAGCAGGAGCAACAGAAAAGGAGAAAAAUUGAAAAAGAAGCCGAGCAAGUGAGCCACGAGGACGGACGCAGGGACGCGGGAAAAAAGCGAGAGCAGGAGGCUCCUAAAUUCCCCACAGUCGAGCAAUUAAUGGCGGACGACGCGAUACUGGUGCAGGAGGAAGAGAAACAAAGGGAAAGCGAGAGAAGAAAACAGGAAGAAAUGAAGAGGAGGAGGCAAAUGCAGCAUGAAACCCCUAUGCAGAGAGAAUUAGCCCAGAUGUAUAGAGCUCAGGAAAAAGACAACAGUAACAAAAAAUGAACGAAGAUAGCACGAAACUUUGACCAUUGCGCAAAUAUAUAAGAGAUUGAUGAUUGGAAAGCAUAGUAGAGGUAGGAAGUAGCCUCGUACGAGACAGAAAAAAGGAGACCUAAAAAUGACAAAGAAGAGUUAGACAGGGGCUCAGGGAGACUAAGGCGGAUGCGGGGUGUUCUGGCGGGUGCAGAGGGAAGAGCGAGGGCAAAAAGCAGAAAUUUCUGCAAGAGUGAAAGCAGAGGAACAAGAUGGUCGCGCGUGAACCCCGAUUCGACCCGUCCUUGUUUCGUAUCGUCUUCGCCAGCCGAUGGGGCACGGCGCUGCUUCUCCUAUCGUCUCCGCCAGUUGAAGGCGCUGCUAUCCAUAACUAACCAAGAAGAAAGGACAAAGGAACUAUAUCAAAGAAGUGGCGCCAGGGUUGCUAAUUUAAAGACUGCGCUAAGGCAGCACCCCCCUUCCCCAAGGGGUCCCCCCCGGGGCGGGCGCGGUGGCGGCUCUGCAAAUGCGGAGCUCCGCGGGCCGAUUCUCUGAAAACGCAUAAAAAAGGGCGCGGGAAGCAGAUCGGUAAAAAGUGUCCGAAAGAGGCAUGCCGUUGGGUCGUCCGCCAUCGUGAUAGGAUCACCGUGUCUGAUCAAUAGACCCCCUGUAUAUUUUUUAGCGCGCAACCGGCCACAGAAGUAAGAUCCGAGCAAGUUUGUAAGACUACCCCAUCAAGGCAAUACUGGAGCUCCACCUUGCUCGCGGGCUUGGAUGGUAAGGCAGGUCAGCCACACAUAGCGCCUACUGGUUGCGGCCAUGCGUAAGCAAUCGAUAGCGGUUUCGCAGGUGCAGCCGGGUGGUAGUUAGGAUGUGGACCGGGUCUCCACCUAGGGGUAUCGGCAGAGGCUAAAUCUGUUCUAGCGCCCAGGUAUUGGCAGAGGCUAAAUCUGUUCUAACGCCCACCCGCCAGGAGUCGAAUGGUACUACCACUACUACUGACUUGGUCAAAACUGGACGACUUUUGGUAAUCAUGCAACACAGAUCCUUGCUUGUUUCAGAUUUGGCACGACAAGUUGCAUUCUUCCAGACCCAGUCAUUUUUGCAUUUGAUACAGUUGGCGCACGUCCACUUCGACGGCAAGGAGGAAAUUGAAGUCGAGUCUCUGGAUAACCCGUGUAAAUAAAACGCCCUCACACGACGACACCCCAGAUUUGUCAUGCAAAUUUGCAUGAUGCACAGGACAGGAGCAGGAUGUAGUUUCUCAUGCGGAGCUCCUACUGCUGCCCCAUGGACGAGGGGGGGACAUUGUAGUUCUUGCCUCGUGUAGUUAUUAUAUCGGGAUUUGUCAUGCUAUCAUCAGAGAGAUAAGCACGUCGUUUUUGCAAUGCGGGUGCCCCCGCCAGGCACAACUGGUGGAGCAGCGCUGCGACUCCAAGCCUCCCUGUCGUGCGCAAUGGGGGGCCUAAGCUUGUUUAUUUCUGUACUAGCGAGGAAGUCCCGAUAUUAUACUUGACUCUGGGAACGAUUUUGUGGGUAUCAACUGCAAAUAUGUCUGGGUCUGGGAGAAUGCAUGUUUGUCAUGCUUGUCUGGCAUGACUCUCAAAUCUGUCAUGCACGCUACCCAAGAGCACCGUUUUUCUGUCAUGCAGAAACGCAGUUUGUCAUGCAGAAUAGGCAACACCUGGAAGCUCAAAAAUUUUUCAUGCUGAGCCAGCACUUGUGGCCUCCUCUUGAUACGCCACCCAGCAUCACAAGUUUCCAGACCCAGACAUUUUUGCAUUUGAUAGUGGGGCCGUUCUUGUUACAACCGGGGAUACGUGAUAACCUGUGGCACCGGGGCAGCAUCAAGUGUGAAAAGCAGACGAAACACGAGUCGCCGUUGAGUUUUGUCAAGAUAGACACGGAGGGGAUGGAGUUAGAGGUUGUGCAGGGCGGCCUGGAAUUGAUACAAACCUAUCAACUGCAAAAAUGUCUGGGUCUAGAGACUUGUAAUGCUGCGUUGGGAAUAGUGAAUGCUCUGUGAUGCACAGGCAAGCAUGAGAAAUGUCUGCGCUUCUUUGUGUUGCGUUUUUCGCAUGACAAACUGCGUGUUUGCAUGACAGGCAAAAGGGUCUCUUCUUGGAAACGCAUCACAAACUUUUUGGUCAUGCCAGACAAGCAUGACAAAUCUCGCAAUCUCGAGAUCCAGACAUUUUUGCAUUUGAUAAAACCUACUGGCCGCUGAUUUACGUCGAGAGCCAGCCAUACUUCGCAAACGGCGAUACCAGGUAGGAACAGUGAGUACGUGAAAUUGGUAGCUCCACUACCACUUGAUGAAAAUAGGUUUCAUCCUUGGCCAUCAUGUCAGAGAUACAACAAUAUACAUGAGUAGCGGAGUUGUAGUAAGUUCCCGCAACACAUUGCACAUGCACGUCGCAAGAUAUUACGCACCUCGGCUCUGGUUGUGCCCCUGCGUCCUACUAGCAUGAGAUGAAAAAAUUAUAUCAGGACUGUUUUUACAUUUACCUCUUCAGGUUUGUCGACUUUAUGGCUGAGACGGCGGGCUACGGCUGCAAACCGGUGCAGAACCUAGAAAUGCACGAGAUCCUCCUCUAUCAAGUGCAAAAAUGUCUGGGUCUGGAAGAAUGCAAGUUUGUCAUGCAGUUUUUCCAUGACCCGCGAGGGCUGGAAUGCAGGACCUACCAUGACAGAUUCUGUGCGAUCUCUAUCGUGCCUAUCCUGCAUGAGAGACUCCCUCACGACUUGAUCAAAACUGGACGACUUGUGGCAAUCAUGCAACACAGAUUUUUGCAUGAUUCAGAUUUAGCAUUACAAGUUGCAUUUUUCCAGACCCAGACAUUUUUGCAUUUGAUAUCCUCUGCGUGCCUAACGAGCGAGCGGAAUACUGGAACAAUAGGAUACGCGAAGAUUUUUAUCGAAAGGAAAAAUCCCCCCACCCCAUAUCGAAAUGGAAAUCUGUGAUCCGGGAUUUGUGUACACAAAUCGGCUUUGUCUUGCAGUAGAGGACUGCAGACAGAUACAAAGCCGGACUCGGGAUGUCUUGGUGUAGGUGCCUAGCAAGGUAGGGGCGUCCUCUGUAGGCCAGACAGCAAUACAAAUUGCCUGCAGAACGCGGCGGGGUUUUUUAUUUGUUUUCUUGCAAUACAAAGACGACUUGUGGCCUCAAAUCAGCAUCACAAAUUUUGAGAAGUGUCCCGUUCUGGUAUGGGAAGGGGGGAUUUUUCCUCACAAUAAUUUUGCGGCGGGGUAACUACCAGGGUCGUCGCUUCCGCUUGGAAAAAACAGCGCGAAUGUGUUUCCUAUCGUUACUACUAGGAGCUGCAACUACAUGGCGUAAAGGUAACUGGCAUAUGCAGCAUGGCAGAUAUCCUCGAGCAAGGAAGCCGCGUGCUUUUUUGUCACCGAUGUUCCUGACUUCACGGCGUGUUUGUCUUGAGAAUACAGAACAAGCUGAAUUCUAUAAUGGAAACCACACUGAUGGAAGAUUGAGGAAGCAGACCUCUUUUCGCGACGAAGUAGAACAUACGAGGAUACUAGUGUAGGAGUGAAACCAUGAACACGACGAGGAUGAUCAUGCCUGGACGGCUUAAAGUUUGCAUGAUCUUCACAGAUAAGGCCGCAAUGCAGAUGCAAUCAUUUCUCAAAAAGACGACCAACAGCGUGCUGGGGUAAGUAUUUUUUCCCCUGAAGAAACCGUCGGAAUUGUGUUCGAGUUCUGCUUAAUUAAUGCCGUACCAAGGUCGUCAGGACGUGCAGCAAGAAGUUGCAGCCUGACUGGUUUGAAGACCAUCUCCUUCCGCCAGGCUAGCGCUCUCGGGCCGAGGAGUUCAAGAACUGGAAACGCCUAUCCUGUGCAAAAGUGCCGCAGUCGUUUAGCGUGAGAAAUAAAGUAUAUAGUGCUGAUGUCCCUUACGAAAAAGAUUUGUAACGCAUGAUCGCAAUUAUACGGGUGCGAUGCUCUUGCACAGGAUAACGCCGCCGCAGUGACAAUGUGCAUCGUGGGGCGAUAGAUCGGACGAGGAUCAGUUGUAGCUCUCGCGUAACUCUAGGCUGCAGCUGGCUGCCGCUUCGUUUUGCUUUCUUUCAGAAUGCCAAGAGCUUGAACUCUCACGACAGAAACUUUUGCGCAGGAAAAUAAAGCCUUUACAUUGCAAGAAAAUAGCAACUUUACAUUACAAGAUGGACCUACUUCACCAAAAAAAUAGAGCGUUGACGUGACAGACGAACUUUUUUGCUUUCAAACUUCCAAACUCACACAGCGAUCAGCAAAGAAGCAGAGGAAUAGUUUUUCUUUUCAUACUAGUUGAGAAACUCCAGGCUUCCCGUUCACUAAAUCCCGUCCACUAAAAAACAAAACGUAUCGGAGGUACUGUAGCAUCAGUACUAAGGGCGUUGCAGCGACGAGGUAGCCA